ACCCAGCAAAACACUAGAAAAUUAAUUAGAUAAGGCGCAAAACCCAGAACCCUAGCCGGUACUGGACUGAUUUUGUCUUCUUCUUCAGUUCAUCCUAUUUCCCAUAGCUGUCUCUCCGGUGGAGCUUUGAAAAAAUGGUGGUGAGGAUCCGUUUGGCACGAUUCGGAUGCAAAAACAAACCUUUCUAUCGUGUUAUGGCUGCUGAUAGCAGAUCUCCUAGGGAUGGCAGGCACCUUGAAGUUCUAGGAUACUACAAUCCCUUGCCAGGCCAAGAUGGUGGUAAAAGAAUGGGUCUAAAUUUCGAAAGAGUGAAGUAUUGGCUAUCUGUCGGUGCUCAGCCUUCAGAUCCUGUGCAGCGCAUUCUUUUCAGAGCAGGGUUAUUGCCCCCACCUCCAAUGGUAGCCAUGGGACGUAAAGGAGGGCCACGAGACACACGUCCUGUAGAUCCUUUGAGUGGGCGCAUCUUGACCCCAGAUAAGCCAGCUAAACCCGAUCAAGAAAAAGACUCUCAAGGCAAUGGAAAUGAUGUCGAAUGAAUUAUUUAUUGAAGCUUCCAAAAAACCUUUUUCUUAACAUUUUGAAACAUCUGGUUCAGCUUUAGAUGAGUGGGAAGAAACUAUAUUCCGUAUUGGGUUACAGGACAAGCAGUUGGGUGUUGCUCAACUCUGAAAAAAUAACUCCAGAGGACAACUUUUGUAGAGAUAUUGGUACUCACCUUGGGGAUAUUAUUUCUGAUGUAGUCGCUUAUGUAAACAAAUGUUUUUCCAGAGAACUACCUUGUUGUCUAUAGGUUUUGGAAUAUCUGGGUUUCAUUUCAGUUAUGUUGAGUAUCUCUAUGCAGCAUUCUAGCUGGCAAUUCAUUGAGGCUUCUGCUUUAUUUUUGAAUAAAUUGGUCUCUUUCUUGA